AUGCUUCAAGGUGGGGUUGGCAUCCCCCACAUACGGUGGUGUGGUCAGGAAGAAGACUAUAAUGUACUAGUCAUGGAUUUUCUGGGACCUAGCCUCGAAGACAAUUUCUGUUCAAGAAGGUUCACAAUGAAAACUGUACUUAUAUUAGCUGACCAGAUGAUCAGUAGAAUUGAACAUGUGCAUACAAAGAAUUUUAUACACAGAGCCAUUAAACCAGGUAACUUCCUAAUGGGUAUUGGGCGUCACUGUAGUAAGUUAUUCCGUAUUGAUUUUGGUUUGGCCAAAACGUACGGAGACAACAGGACAAGGCAACACAUACCAUACAGAGAGGAUAAAAACCUCACUGGCACUGCCCUAUAUGCUAGCUAUGCACAUCUUAGUAUUGAGCAGAGUCGCCAGGAUGACAUGGAAUCGUUAGAAUAUGUUUUGAUGUAUUUUAAUAGAACCAGCCUGCCAUGGCAAGGGCUAAAGGCUGCAACAGAGAAACAAAAAUAUGAAAAGAUUAGUGAAAAGAAGAUGUCUACUCCUGUUUUUUGUAAGGGGUUUGCUUCAGAAUUUGCCAUAUACUUAAACCAUUGUCGUGGGCUACACUUAGAGAAAGCCCCAGAUUACAUGUAUCUGACGCAGCUAUUCUGCAUUCUUUUCAGGACCCUGAGCCAUCAAUAUGACUACACAUUUGAUUGGACAAAGUUAAAGCAGAAAGCAGCACAGCAGGCAGCCUCUUCUAGUGGGAGGGGCAGCAGGCCCAGACCCCAACAGGUAAGCAACCUGACAAAACCAAGGGUAACAUGAAAGGUUUCUAAGCAUGAAUUGAGGAACAGAAGCAGCAGAGCAGAUGAUCAGAGCAGCAUUUGUUUCUCCCCAAAUCUAGAAAUUUUCG